AUGCGCCAAUAUGUCCACCAGCGCCGACUGGACGGUAUUGCCCGCCUAGAGUCGAACAAGGCACGAGUGCGUGGGUGGACUACGACGACGACUGGCAGCGAGGUGAUAAGAGAGGAAGAGCUCGAUAGCUCUUGCGAUUCCAAAGCGAGUCCCAGCUCCGAAUCGAGUGUCAGCUCGGUCAAUUGCGGGAAAUCGGAUCCAUCCCUUUUGCCUUCUGCUCAAGGCCAGGAGAUCGGAAUUUGCAAACUGUCUCGUGGGUCCCCAAGCUCGGAUCCACAGGCUGGCCCGAGUUCUGGGGUUAUAGAUCCGUUUGACAGCUAUCCGUUGAGCUUGAGACAACCGGAUCAGAAUCUUAUCCCUCACUUUAUUACGAGAUACCCUCUUAUGAUGUACAAGAUGGGCCAUGCGCAUCAAUAUAAUCCGAUUCGGGCAAUAUUCCAUCGAGUUGCCAUCCAUGAUCCUGUUCCGUUCCAGGCGAUGCUGGCCGUUGCGGCAAAACAUAUGGCUGGUGUCCAAGGCCAAGCCGAUACUGUGCAGUCCUUGACCCACAAAAUGAGGGCGCUGAGGUUGCUCAAUGAGCGUCUCAAGAGUGAUCCAUGGGGGAAGCAGGAAGGUACCAUCUACACCGCAGCUAGUAUGGCGGUAAUCGAAAAAUGGUCCAAGGCUGAUAAUGUUGAAAGCCUGCAUAUUCGAGGCCUCAUUCAACUACUUAGAAGGCGUGGAGGUAUGCGUGGGAUGCGUGCUGCGAGCCCUACGAGCCAAUUUAUGGAAAAGGUUCUUUACUGGGUGGAUUUCAGUUGCGCACCAAAUGCCAUUGUUGGGGCCUCGCUUCCGUGGACAGGGGAUACGCCCGACGUAUCACCAUGCCUUCCAUUUCCAACCCCGAAAAUUCGUUCAGAUGCAUCAAUUUCUUUUGCUGACCAGGACACUUAUGACGCCCUUCAGUCUUGCGAAGAUUUUUUUUCUUUUUUCCGUUCCCUCAAUGACAUACAAAAAUCUCUUCUUGGUUCCCCUUCAUGCGAAACUCGGCUCUCAAAAAAUAUAUUGAAUAAAGCUCCAUUCUUCGGUGAGGUUUCGCAUUUAUAUGAUAUCUUAACUUUCCUUCCGGACUAUGACCACGGCAUACGUGAUAUUCGCUACAUCGAUGAGUAUUGUUGCAUGGCAUGUUUGCUGUAUCUCAACCUUGCGCUUUACGAUUAUUAUUUGACUUCCCGAGAUUUCACCGAAUAUCUACAAUGGAUCAAUUUUGAGGUUAAAAAACUUGACCCCUCCACCGGUACCAGUAUCACAUCUAUUCUUUGGAUGUUCCUGGGUAAUGGAGGCUUCCCAGGCGGGGAAAUCUCCGAUGACGGGGAGCGAAACUGGAUUGUGUCCCGAAUGUUACGGCUCGCCAAACGGUUGAAGGGCACAGCAUCCAAAGAUUUGUGGGGCUGUCUCCGAUCGACACUUCUUGAAUUUUUGAUCAUACAUCGGGACUGCGGUAUUGGAAACGAUUCUGUUAGUGGAGCAGAACUGGCCGCUCGGGCGCGUUGGCGCCAUACUCAGCCAGCUAUUUUACAAGAGGAAGCUAGGCUACGACAUGCUAUGACCGAACAGUUGUAUGCUAACCUCUCUAACCCGAGUGCUGUUAAAUCCUCCUCACUGGCAAUCCCGGGGGAUUAA